AUGGUGCGCGAACAGUGCGAAGAAGAGUUUGGUCCUAAAAAAAUGACGAAAAAGACGAUUCAGGCAUCGUGUCGCAAGAACAAACUUUACCUCACACCGCAUCUUAACGAUGUCCUAUAUUUGCACUACUCAGGAUACAACGCCAUCGCUGGAUUGGAAGAGUACGUCGGUUUAAAAUGUCUUUGGCUGGAAUGUAAUGCCAUAUCGGGAAUUUCCGGUUUGGAGCAUCAGAGCCAACUGCGUUGUCUGUAUCUGCACAACAACCUUAUCAAGAAAAUCGAAAACUUGGAACACUGCAAACAGCUGGACACCCUAAACCUUUCCCAUAAUCACAUCGCAAAGAUAGAAAACUGUGGAAGUGAUGUUUUACCCGUGCUCAACACGUUAAACAUAUCGCACAACUAUCUUAAAUCGAUUGAAAGCAUUGCCGAGCUGAGGAAAUGUGAUUUCGUGUCCGUUUUAGAUAUUUCCCACAACCGCCUGGAAGACAUUGCAAUUGUGAAGGUUUUGAGUGAUAUGAAAGGAUUGCGCGUGCUAACGAUGGUGGGAAACCCGGUGAUUAAUGAUAUACCUUCCUACCGUAAAACACUUAUUUUGGAAUGUAAAUCUUUGACAUAUUUGGACUCUCGACCAGUCUUUGAUAAGGAUCGGGCCUGUGCAGAAGCUUGGAAACGCGGUGGAUACGAAGAGGAACGCAAGGAGCACAUGCGUUGGAUAAAGGAAGAACAGCGCAAGAUGCGUCGAAACAUCAACGCAACGCUUCGUUUACGCCACCGUGGAGAUGGAGAGCCGGAAUUGCUCAAAACGAGUAGUGAUGAAGAAGAAGUACGUGAAAUUAAAGAUUCUAUUACCGGAAAAGACGAACUUCAGGAAAUGGACUACCAAUCAAAUGAAGUCGCAUGGAAGGAGAUGGAAGAUCUGUUUAAUCAACACACGAGUGCCCUUAAGCCGUCUGUUCCAACCUUCUUCCCAGACCAACCGAGAUCAACAAGUCAUGCUGUUGCAGGUACUUCUGGAAAAAUCUCUGUUGAUCAGUAUGAACAGGAUAAUGCAAAGAAAGCACUCAUCGAAGAGAUAACUAUCGAAGAAUAUACAGAUAUGACUUCAAAGAAGGAGGACUCAGAGAAACACAUUGAAAAGCGGGAAAAUAACUCAGCAAUCUUGGAAGCAGGAACGGAAGUUGACGUAUGUUACAUGAAAGAGAACCAAUCUGCUGAACAAGAUGAGUUAGAGAAGGUCCAUGAGCUCAUCGAACGAAAUGAGGCACCCCAAAAUGAUUUUCACGAAAAGUCCAUAUGUGAGAUUUCUGCAAUAGAAACAGAACCAACUCAUUCUAUAGGGCUUACCAAGAGCUCUGAAACAAACAGCAAAACAGAAGCUCGAAUUGCAUCAGCUGAGCAAGAUGAUACACUCAACGUUAUCAUUCAAUCGAAGGAAAUCUCUAUAACGAUGCAACCGUCAUGCAGCAGUACGCAACCAACAACCCAAACUGAUAUCGUUGGAGGUUUUGAACGGAAAGCCUCCACCACUUCUAUUGACUCCGUCACUAACCCUGACACGAAGCGCCGUGACAGUAAGAAGGAUGAUGAGCGUAAAUUAUCCACCACCUCCGUGGAUUAUAUCACUGGAUCCGACACCAACUCUGAUCCUACGCUCGUCACGGACUGUGAUAGCUGUGUGCGUAACAGUUGUGGCAGCAGUCGGGGCUGCUCUUCCCGCUCGGACACAUCCGACAGUGAGGAUAUGUUUGACAAGAUUGUACCGAAGAAACAUCGCAAGCUGGCUUGUGCCAUCCGGUCGGUGAGCAGCAGUGACAGUAGCAGUGAGCUGGAUGAACCAGGUGGUAGUAUGCUGGACAGUAAGCUCGAUCGCCAAAAUACUAUUACGGAGUUUAUCGACGAAUAUAAACGGUUGUUACACUCGGUGGAUCUUCGCGAUCCGAAGUGCGUUCUUAAAAAUCGUCACAAAGUUGUGCGUCCGCAGACGGCAAAGGCACAGCGCACGGAGCCCAUCGUCUACGAAGGUGUACUGAAAACGAUGGAGCAAACUUCCAGCUACGCGAAGAUAGAGCAAGUGCGCCAGGAGCGUGAAACUUGCGAUCGCAGCCUGGCGAAGGAAGCUGUUCUGGAACGUCUGAUGAAAGGCCACGAUGCUGUGGAUAUGAAUAUCGAGAAUCAGAUGAUAUCGAUCGGGGGAAAGGCGCACAACUUCAACGAGUACCGUCUCGAGGUAUUCCGGCAGGAUCAGGAAAAGCUACAAAACCUUAUCGACCGUGUGACGGCACAGAAGGAUAAGUACAAUGCGCACAUCGAUAGCAUUCACGAUCAGCUUGCAAACAUCAUGGAUGACUAUGGACAGAUCAGCGUGAAACUGCGAAAGGUAAACGAAAUGAUACAGACCAUUGGUGAGGAGGUAGACCAAGAGGAGCACGGGGACGUUGUGAGUUCUACCGAAGAAACAUCUGCAAAAGGAAUUGUGGAGGAAAUUGUAAUAAAAGAACAGGAGGAGAACGUGGAUGAAGCUGACAAGAAACAGUCUGAUAAUGCUCCAGGUGAACCUGUGGAAGAGCUGUCCUCAGAUGAAUCUGUUCCCGAUCUGUGUGAUUUUAAGGAACAUGUAGCCGCACAGAUUGAAGUUGGUUUAAUGAAUCCAACAUGUUCUAACGCACGGAAACCCGUCUCAGAAGAGUUCGGUUCCGAUCCGGUCUAUCGAAAAUUUAUUGACAUCCAGUACGAGAUUGAUAAGCUGACGGAAGACCAGAUAUUCGAUGCACUCUCGGAAGCUGCCCGAGAGCUCCAGGAGGAGGAAGAACUCGAGGCAAAACUUCUGCACGAUGCUGUGGAUGAAUACUGGAACCCGGCUACCGAUCUAGACGACUUCCGGCGCAAUCUCAAUCUGGAUGCGCAUCCGAUCAUACAGCGCUUCAAGCGCUUCAUCGAAUGUCAAGGCACCGAUACGGACGAUACCGAUACGGAGGCACACGUACGAAGGCUCGAGAGUGCGUACCACAAAUACGAGCGUCGUCUUUCUAACCAUCUGUUCGACGAGUAUCUGAUUUUGAGCCGCAAGGCAAGCAUUGCGACCACCACGGGUGGCGAAUCGAGCGCAACGGAGUUGGAAUUCAUAGAAAUCGAGGGUGGACAUGUACUACGCGCGUCCACCAGUAGACGUGCAACGGCUUGGGAUUUGAAGGAUUCGCUAGAAGAUCCGGUUGUGGAGGUAGAGGAAGAACCAAACGACGAGAUCUCUCUGAAAGGUGAUGAGGAACCGAAACUGGAAGAGUUGGAAGAUGAAGAAUCUAAGCCAGAAGAGCAGAAUCUGCACCAGAGCACAACUGUGACCAUGCAGGACCCGUCUACAGAUGCUGUGGAGUAUCAAUAG